AUGAUUUUCUUACUACUAUACUUGCACAUUCAGACCAUCCAUGGGCAGAACAAACUGAUCCUCAGCGGUGGCUCCAACGCAUGUGAAGGCCGAGUGGAUGUCUACCAUCAGGGCAAAUGGGGCCAUGUUGGACCCAUCAACUGGCACAUCGAAAACAGUAAUGUUGUGUGCAGAAGCCUGAAUUGUGGCACUGCCCUCGAAACUACGUUUGGGUUCAAGGAUGACCACCAUUUAACACAACAGGUUUGGGCAGAUGAUAUUAAGUGUGAAGGGACUGAGAAACACCUCUGGGACUGCCCGUCUCCAACAUGGGGUAUUGUAAAGUCCAGCCACCUGCAGCAUGUUUAUAUCAAAUGCUCUGACAAACCUGAACCCAGCCUGGUACUGAAGGGAAGAACGGGAUGUGCUGGAUUUGUGCGACUCAAUACAACAAAAGACAAUCACGUUUAUCUGUGCUCAGGUGAUUGGGAAAGCAUUGAUGUGCGCCUCAGUUAUGGUCUGGAUAAGUGUUCUGGAAGAGUGGAGAUCUACUACAAGGGCGCAUGGAAGAGAGUGCGCGCAAAUGACUGGAAACGUGUGCACUCUGACAUAGUUUGCUCCCAUUUACAAUGUGGGAAGGGCUACAGGGAGGGGCAUGAUCUUUUUGUUGAUGGGGACGCACUGGACACACUGGAACUGUCACUGAAGGCCCAAUAUAGCCAGAUGUUCUUUGUGGAAAAGAAAUCCUCUUGCUCAGGAAUGGUUGGAGUGGAGCAGGCAGGGAAGAGUUACUCCCUCUCCGGACAGCCAGGCGUUUGGAAUGACAGCGCCGCGGAACACGUCUGUCAGAAGAUGCAGUGUGGCCACAUGGCCAACUACAGCACAUCCGUUAACCACACGGCCACUGACUGGAUGCAGCUUGACUGCCCAGUGUCCAGUGACAAUUGCACGCUUCGACGAGCCAGCUCAAUCACCACUGAGGCUGCUGAAGUGACAUGCACUGAUGAGGUGACCCUGAAAUUAACAAACGACAACAAGGAUUUGGAGAAGAGCAAGCGUCGGUGCUGGGGUGAGGUCAGCGUGUGCCACGGAGAUGCUUGCCAUGGGGUCUGCGGGGAUGUGUGGAGCGAAAAGCACUCCGAGAUGCUGUGCCAGGACCUUGGCUGUGGAAGACCUGUCACCAACCUCGAACGCAAGUCCCCGAAUACCCUCAAAGCGACCGUCAGCAGUGUGCACUGCCCGUCCAAGGUGUCCGACUUGAGCCGCUGCAGAUUUGUAAUGAACGCGACCUGUAAGGUGUCUACUAUCUAUGUUGUCUGCUCAGAAACGGGCUGUGGAGGAGUAAUAACUCCUACAGCAGCAGACAUAAUGACCAACUCGAAGGCCAAAGUGAUCAAAUGUGACCAGGCUUUCCAGUCCCUAGUGAACUGCACAGUAACGAAAGAACCCUGUGACAAACAGCGCAUCCCCAGAGUCAGAUGCUCAGGCUGGAGUCGUCCGGUGGUGGUGGGGAAGAGUGCGUGCAGCGGUGGCGUGUUCGUCAAGACGGAAGCCCCCGAGCGCCUCCAUGCCAUGAGCUCAACCGGCUGGGGCGACAGGGAAUCAAGAGCACUGUGCAAGAGUCUGGACUGCGGGGACCUGGUGACAAACAGCAGCGGGCCCACCGUCAGUUUCGAGAACUGGUGGAACAAAACCUACAACUGCAACGAUGGAGACCAGAGCAUUUGGAACUGCGAGGAAAAACACCUACCAUUGUACACAAUCAAUUGCACAGACAGCUUGAACUUUAAUCUGACGGACCAGUGCGGAGGGGAGAUCCAAGUGCUCUACGGUGGUGAAUUGAAGCCUGCAUGCCUGAAGAAAGGAAAUACGCCCAGUCUUCUAUGCAACCAGGUCAAAGGAUGCGGGAACGUCAACAGCAGCAAGAAAAGCUUGCCCAGACGUGGCCAGAGAAAAGAUCAUCUUUCAUUCUCGUGUGAUUUGGACAAAGACCUAGAGUACUGUAUGAGACUCUCCUCUUGUGAGAAGGAUGACUUAACUGAGUUAUACUGUGAUGGUUUCAAAGAGAUAACCCCUCCUCCUGAACUCCCCAUCAAUUUCAUUGUGGGAGUUUCUGUUGGACUGCCACUGCUGGUGAUAGCGAUCGCACUGGUACUGUGGCAAAGAAGACAUAUUCUGUAUAGGCUGCGUGGGAGACGGGCCUUUUCCCAGACCAGAUCAACUCUUGCAAGUGAUAACUUUGAGGAUAUAGAGCUCAAUGUGAAAGAAGAGAGAGAUAUUGGACUGAAGAGUCAAGCAAAUGGACAGGGGAAAGGUCUGGAUAGCCAAGCCUCCUCCGAGUAUGAUGACGUUGACGAGGAAGCAGACGCUGGAUUUAACAGUGCAGAUGAAGCGCCACCUCUUCCAGACAGACCAGCCCUUGGUGGAGAACUGGACGAUGGUGAUGAUUAUACAGAUGGCUACGACGACGUGGACCAACUACCACUGGAAGAGGAAGAAGACCCAGAGGAGCCGGGCGUGCCGCCCCAGCCUGAGGAGGGCUCGGUGCCUGUGCCAUUGGAUGAGGAGGACUACGUCCAGCCAGAUGACGACAAGUGAGGAAGGCGGAGUGGAGUGGAGGUGACCUUUUACUGUCUCAGAAAAUGUAAAACAUUGUGGGUGAGUUUGAGCUCAUGGCAGGUUAAAUGUUGUGUGUCUGCACCCCCUGCCCCCGUGUUCAUCUACUCUAAAACAACAAAAUAGUCUUUCUCCUUUCUCCUAAAAAUACAAAUUGGUACACACAAACACAAUAGCAUUGCUUAUUUUUUUAUUUGUUUUCCUCCCAAAUUAAUCAGAAAGAGCUUGAUGAAUGUAAACGUUGGAAUAUAUAUAAAACCCCAAAACAGAAAAAGUUAGGAC